GAGGGCGCUGUUCGAGGGGAAGGUGACAGAAAAAGAUGGCAGCGCCCAUAGCCUCUAUCGACAUGAUCGAGACUCGUUGAGUUGCGUUGGACACGGAUUCGAUAUGGAUUCCGGAGAGGAAACAGUCGAUUUUACAAGUCAUUUACCUGAUGAACUUUUGCUUCUCGUACUGGCACAUGUUUCAUAUAAAGACCUGUUCAGGAUAGGAUGUGUGUGCCAAAGACUGCGUGAUUUGAGCCGCAGCAAUUUUCUGUGGAGGAGGUUAUGUCAUGUCCACUGGCUGGAUGUACCUCCAGUCGAGGACGGCGGUGAGGAGGAAAGCCCAACUGUCUGGUAUAGAACAUUCCAACGAAGCUACCGGCAUCUGGGCCUGUUCAUUGGCUGCUACUCAACCCUGAAAGGCCACUGGAAUAGAAUCGAAGCUGCUCUGAAAGAGAGAGGGGCCGUGGACAUUCUGGAAACGCUGAGAGGGCCCACUCAAGAAAACGAAGUCCCUUCAGAAGCCCAAGUGUUGCCCAUCCCUGCAGAUGUGUUGUGUUCGCUUCAUAUACACGACGGGCAAGAGACGUUUUACGGCGAUGAACGCAUGCUAGGCCUUGGUGGUCUUGUCAGGGUCUACAGCUUCCAGAGUUGUCCGGUGCUUUUAAGUCGCAGGACAAUGGUGUCGCAGUUACGUGAGCUUAAGGAUGAAUUGGCUGAAGAGAGAAAGGGACAGUUACUCCAUACUGUCACAGUCCUUGAGUGUCCCUUGAGUCGUAUCUCCAUACGCAUGUGCCUCAACUCCGUAGGAGACUUCCAAACGGGUAACAUGUUUUACUGCCAUCACGAUUAUGUUUUGGAGUCUAGUUUUGGUUGGCCAAAUGAAGGCUAUUUUCUGUUGGCAAAAAGUUUUACAGACUGGCUGGCACAACUGGCUGACAGACUGUCAGACCCUGGCACCAUAUUUCAGCAGUCGUCACUAACCAGAUUCUACCUCGAGCCGUCCUGCGUUGCCGUGACGGAGCAUGUGAAGGUUUCCGUAGCAACGGCCUUCAUCUCUGAGAUGAGUGAGAAGCCACUACGGCCUGGCAGGAAUAUGUUUGCGUAUUACAUCACCAUGGCGAUGGACGAAAACAGUCCUAGGAGAAAAUCCUGUAAACUUCGCACUAGACAUUGGGUCAUAAGGGACAGUAACGGCCGCGUUGAAACUGUUGAUGGGGCAGGAGUAGUUGGUGAUUUCCCCAUUAUACAACCAGGGACGUCCCACUCAUGGGCAAGCUACACCUCCUUUGUCACCUCAGCCGGAUCCAUGGGAGGCCACUUUGGCAUGGUCAACUUGGAAACUCAGGAAACAUUUAAUGUGAAAUGCCCGGACUUCCACAUGAAGGCCCUGCCUUACUUGCGACUUCCGGAAUAUUCUGAGGAGAUGGUGGAUGACACCUAACAGCAGAAUGUCUCAUUUUAGUUAGUCAACACUACAGGUUGGUAAAGUUUGAAAGAAAUGGAGGAAUAGCUACAUGAAUACCAAGAAAACUCAAGUGGAUGGAGUGAGUGGCUGGUGUGUAGAGGGCCCGUCGCUCAACAAUGCGGCCUCUGUUCGAUUCUUAGCUCGGAUAGUAUGUGAGUAGAGUUGUUCAUUGAUUCUCUCCUGUGCCAUGAGGUUUUUUCUGCGGGCUCUUCGGUUUUCCUCCCGCAACAAAAAUCC